AUGAUAGAAAAUGCUGUUUCUUAUUAUAGAAACAAUCAAUCAAAAUGUUUUACAGUAUUAGCGAUAUUUUUAAUAGUGUAUGAAAUAUUUGUAAAUAAAGUUAUGCUGGACUAUGUAAAAUAUACAGAAAUUGAUUGGAGUACAUAUAUGCAACAAGUUAAAUUAUUUUUAAAUGGUGAAUUAGAUUAUAUAAAUAUUGAAGGUGAUACCGGACCUUGUGUAUACCCAGCUGGAUAUAUUUAUGUAUUUAGUUUAUUAUUCAACAUCACAGAUCAAGGAAGAGACAUUAUGAAGGCUAGAUACAUCUUUGCAGGAAUUUAUUUAGUUUUCACAAUUGUAGUAUUUUUAAUUUACAGUGAAGCUGUCAAAGAGAGUGAACAACAACUUAAACCAACUUUAAAUCUAGCACAAAAUAAAUCAGCAACACCAACAAUACCAACAAUACCAACAACACCAACAUCAAAAAAUAAAAAAAAUAACAAUAAUAGUAGCAACAAAUAUUUAUAUAUUCCAUUUUAUAUUAUUGUAUUUUUAUGCCUCUCAAAAAGAAUCCACUCAAUUUUUUCAUUAAGACUAUUCAAUGACUGCAUUUCGAUGCUAAUUUUUUAUGUAGCAGUAUAUUGCUUCAUCAAGUCAAGAUGGUCUUUAGGUUGCAUGCUUUUCAGUAUGGCUGUAUCAAUUAAAAUGAAUCUAUUACUAUUUGCACCAUCACUGCUCCUCUUAUUAUUGAUGACCUUUGGUUUUUGGAGAACCAUCCCAAAACUAAUGAUUUGUGGUUUAAUUCAAGUCGCUGUAGCCCUCCCAUUCCUCAAAGAGAACUAUGUUAGCUAUUUAAUUAGAGCUUUCGAAUUCUCUCGUCAAUUCCUUUACAAAUGGACUGUUAAUUGGAGAUUUGUCCCCGAAGAUAUUUUCCUAUCAAAAGAAUGGGCAUUAUCCUUAUUAUUUUUACAUUUAACAUUUUUAGUUUUAUUUUACUUUAAAUGGGUUAAACAAGACGGUGGUUUAUCUAAUGUUAUUAAAAGAGGUAAUAAAAACCAAAACUCAUCAAUUCUUUCAACAAAUUUCAUUUUAUUGGUUUUGUUCACUGGAAAUUUCAUUGGUAUUACUUUCUCAAGAUCAUUACAUUACCAAUUUUAUGUUUGGUAUUUCCACACCAUCCCAUUUUUACUUUGGUCCGCUCCAAAUAUUAAUAUAUUUUUUAAAAUAUUAUUUAUAGUCAUCACUGAAUAUAGUUGGAAUGUAUACCCAUCGACAUCCAUAAGCUCAGGUUUAUUAGUUUUAUCAAAUGUUUAUUUAAUUAUCUCACUUUAUUUUUCACCAGUUCCAAAUUCAUUAAAACAAUCAAACUCAACCAAAACUAAAAAAACAAAUUAG